AUAAUCGAGGUAUAUUAUCGGUGUCAGAGUUAUGAAGGCAGGGGGCGUGUCCCUGCGCUACGCAGUCACGCACAUGCGCCGAACGCGCGCGGAAAUUCAAAAGUUCUUCCUUCAGUUGAACGAAGCGCCUUCAGGAGAGGAGCCGUGUGUUACUGCAGCUCUGUCACUGAGUAAGAGGAUGGAAAAGCAGACGGAUAAAAAUCCAAAGAGACUGAGAGACCCUCUGGAGGAGAACACCUCCGCCUCUAACGAGCUGGAGGCGGUGUUAAAGAGAAGACGCUUGGCUGCAGGAGGAGUUGAGAAUCAUAAUCCUGAGCAGCGACCGGUGAGGUCUCCAGCUCGAUCACGCCGUCUGGAGUCAGAGGUGAAACCAGACACGCCCGCUAUCGCAUCUGUCCAACUCAGAGUUCAGCAGUUCACCCAGAGACGGGAUGUUGGAGCUGCACUGGUCCAGCGCUGUAUGUCUGAUCCCGGGACAGAGAGUCCCUCCAGCACUUUACUGCGAGAUGUCUGUCACAUAGGUGAAGGAGAGUUUAGCUCUCGGUUGGAUCGCUUUAAUACCCCGACCCCAGAGAGUAGCCCCAUCCCGGCCACACCCAGCACACGCCAGCUCUCCAACUUUGUCCACAACAUGCAGCAGCAGCUCAAUGACACCAUGACCCCCAGCACCAAGGAGGCUUCCCGUAUACGCCAGGCUCGAGAGGAUGAGCUGAAGUCCCUCAGAGUGCAACCGCUCACAGAGAACAUGUGGCUCAAGAGGAGCUUCUCUGACCCUUCACUGGCCGAGAGGGUUACACCUCCAGGCAGCUCUUGUGUUUGCCAGAGGACCAGAAAAAUCCCUUGGCCUCCAUUACAGUUUGAGAAUGAUGAUUCCAGCAUCAGUCAAGAACCUGAGUGCAGUUUAAACUUCAGUGGUGUGAAUGAGAGGACAGUGGACGGUUUCAGUGGCUCGUCUACCUUCACUGCAGAGAUACAGCAUCCUGCUUCGGAGCUUAGUCCUCCAGAAUCCAUGCUGUGUCCCCAUGAGGGAAUGAGCACUUCGGCCCUCAUCGACAAGAUGUUUGAAGAUGUCCUGCAGGCUGCUGACAGAGAAGAGGAUGAAGAGAAAGAGGAGAAAGAGCAAGGGAAUGAGCACAUGGUCUCUGAGAGCAUACAGGAAGCUAACGUGGAGACUGCUGAAAAUGAGCCGAAGUCUCCGAAUCCUAGCCCUGGAGGAGAUGGAGCUUGUGACGGAGAACAGAAAGAGUGCAAGAAGAACUCAAACGAAGAAGACGAAGUAUCUGGAGAGGAGAGUGCAGUGUGUAAUGAGGAGGACUUCCUGUCUCUCCCACCAAGUAUCCUCUCUCCUCUCAGCAAGUCUGUGGAAGCUGUGGUCACGCCAAUGAGGUUGACUACCACUGCGCCUCCACCCAUGGUGCCAUGUGUUGCUGCAGAGGAUGUGGCCACGCCCCCUGCUCCACCCCUGUACAGUAUUGAUGCUUACCGCUCUCAGAGAAGGAACCCUCCUCCGUCCUUUCAGAGUGUAACUCCCGGAGUUGAGAAAUGGUCUGCUGAGAAAUCUAACAUCAAACCAACCGUUAACACCAAGGAAACUAUAAAGGCUCUCAGUGAAGAGGCCUCCAAGUUACAGACUGUUAUAAACCAGACUCUACAGGCCCUGAGCUGCUGCAGUGAUGAAGAACAUGGCAAAGGAUCUCUGCAGGAGGCAGAAGCUGAGAAACUCCUGCUUGUUUCCAGUGAGAAGCACGCAGCUCUGCUGGCUGAGAUCAGUCGACUGAGAGAGGGCGGAGCAGGAAGACAGCCGGACUCCCAACCUGACCAUCUGCAGCCCUGUAGAGGCACCGUCAGCAUCAAUAACAUCCAGCUGCCCCUCAAGGUGGAGUUUGUGUGCUCUGCCCGCACUGCUCGUCCGACUCACUACUUUUUCAUACUUAUCCGUUAUGGACCGUGUAACAUCGUGGCUACUCCACUGGCCACUGCUGCUGACGCUGAGAAUGGAGACACCAUCACCUUUCCUACCUCCAUCACACUGCAGGACAUUCGCUCCAACUUUGAGAUUGAUGUUGAGGUCUACAGUCUGUGCAACAGUGCAGCUAGCAGCAGCAGUGCUAAUGUUCAACAACAGCGCACUUCCACCAGAUCAAAAGCAACACCAAGGAAGCUGCUCAGCAGCAUUAAGAAAUCCACCCCAUCUUCCACCUCUGGACCUUCAUCUUCUCUGGAUCCUAGGCGCUCCAGUAACUUCUCUUUAGUGGGUUCUCACAAGAUCACCCUUUCUUCACUGGGCCAGAGCAAGUUCUUGCUGGACAAGAUGAAGUUUGAGGGCAAAAUCAGGCGGCUCCUGGGAGAUGAGUUUCAGGAAAAGGUUCCCUUCCUGUCUCCUCUGGAGGGUCACAUCUACCUGCGGCUGCACAGCGAGAGUCAUUCCAAUGUACAGCACCAAGGAUUUCUGACCAUGUUUGAGGAUGUGAGUGGAUUUGGAGCGUGGCAGCGUCUCUUCUUUAAGCUAGAAGGAGUUUUUCUCUAUUACUGGAACUACCCCAACGAGAUGAGCAACAAGUCUGCAGAGGGCAGCAUCUCUCUGAGUGGCUUUGACAGUGUGAGACCUGUGGAGAGGGACUCCUGUGCUCGGCCUCACACCUUUGAACUGGUGAACUCUAGGACCCUGCAGCAGGACCACAGCCACACCUUGACCAAGAGCUGGUUCUCAGCAGACACUCGCGAGGAGCGAUCAAAUUGGAUGGAGAAGCUUAACCAGGUGCUGCUGGACCUCCACACAUGGAGCCGACAAGUUGGUGGAGGAGAGAGCGAUGGAGCCAACACCUCGUCUAUCACAGCAACAUCGCGGGAAAGCUUCCUGUAACACGUUACUGAUACACACGCUGACACCAGAUACGUCUGUGUAAGCAAACAUCAAGGUAACUGUGAAGGUUAAAACACCCCCGGUCUGAAGGCCGAGAGUAGAGUCGUGUGUGUGUGUGUGUGUGUGUGUGUGUGUGUGUGUGUGUGUGUGUGUGUGUGUGUGUGUGUGUGUGUGUGUGUGUGUGUGUGUGUGUGUGUGUGUGUGUGUGUGUGUGUGUGUGUAAUUAUACAUGUUUUAAACGUCACGGUAUAACAGUAGUACCACACUAACUCACACUGGAGCUUUAUUGUGUGAAUCAAAAUGCAAAUACAUUUACAUUCAUCUGAGAUUCUGUGUGGGAUCUCUCUCUCUCUCUCUCUCUCUCUCUCUCUCUCUCUCUCUCUCUCUCUCUCUCUCUCUCUCUCUCUCUCUGAUCAGUCUUGGUGGAGGUCUGUUUUUCAGGUUUAAUGAAGAUAGAUGUUCAGAAGGACAUGAAUGGUAUUGAGGGUCCUUUUUGCACCAUGUAGAUGUUUAUCAGCUCUAUUUUUGCCUGAGGGAGAAUACAAUUUUCUUUUAUAUUUGUAAAGUGUGUAAUCGUUAUAAAUUCUAUUAUUUCAAGAUUAUUCCAAAUUAUUUUUAUUUUAUUGCCUUUCAUAGCAAAUUUUUCCUGACUUCAGUUAUUUCUGGUCAGUGUUUCAGUUCCGUAAGGAGGUUGUGUAUUUUUCAUAUAACUUUUAUUCUGUAAUUCUAUUGUGUUCAGGAGAGACUAACACAGAGGGAGAAAUGAAGCCAUCACAACACCACAGAUUAAACACUUAUCUGGUUAUUUCCUGCUGUGGGGUUUGUAGGGUCUUGAGCAGCAGUUUGUUUUGGAUUCAAUGAAUAUAAAUGAUAUUCUGGAAUAUUAAUCAGUAUGCGAUUAUAAAGGAGUGUAUUGUGUACUCUUCUGUCGUGUGUGUGUUUGUGUUUUCUCCUCUUCACUGACUGUAUAUAACUCUGCUAUAGCUGCUGCAGAAUAAAUACGGCUAUAAACACCUACCUGGAGACGUUUU